UCCAUGUACGAGCUUGACUGUUGUGGCCGAGGAGUUAGCCUCUUUGUUUUUUUUUUAAGUAACAGUUAGACAAUGAGAGAUGCUUUCGCCCAAAAUUAUGAAGUGGUUGAUGCUCUUUCCUCUGCCAACAUCGUAGUACAUCCAAACGGGAAUGAUUUCAACAAGUCCCGCGCUCCAACCUUAGUUUCAAGUGAACUGCUAAAGUACGCGGUCAAAGGAAAAGGUUUCCAAGAUCUUUCAGUACAGGGAGUAGUUGAUGCUUCUGGCCUCUAUUUAUCUGUUGCCACUGGUUUUCCUGGAAGUCUACAUGAUGUUCGGAUGCUACGUUUGACUGACAUUUAUUGGGCUGCUGAAGAUGAGAAUAUCCUAAUGGAACCUGCAUUUGAGUUAGGCAUGGAACUAUAGUGUGCCCUCUUAUCGUGGGAGACACUGCUUAUCCAAACAAAACCUGGCUUAUCCGACCAUUUAAGGAUACUGGUGGGCUUACGCGCGACCAGAGGAAGUUUAACUGAGAGGUAUCUAAGGCAAGAUUGUAUCCGAACACGCAUUUGGUAUGACCAAAGGAAGAUGGAGGGUUUUACUUAA